AUGUUUUGGAUUGUGGUUCUUGCUGUGACGUUUGCAACAUUAUACUGGCUUUUAGUCCAGCCUUAUAAAUACUGGAUAAAGAUGGGUGUAAAACAAGGAAAUCCUGUUUUUCUGUUUGGACACUUGUGGGGUAUUCCUUUGCGUAAACAGUCUAAUGCAGAAAUGAUUGAAAUGGUAUACAACAUUAGUUCUACUGCAAGAUACUGUGGUAUAUAUCAAUUUCUAACACCAGCACUUAUAUUGAAAGAUCCAGAUUUAAUUAAACAAGUCACUAUAAAAGACUUUGAUCACUUCGUUGAUCACGGAACUAUAAUACCUGAAGAAUGCGAUCCUUUGUUUGCCAAGAAUUUAUUUUUUCUUACCGGCAAGAAGUGGCGCAAAAUGAGAUCAACACUGAGUCCAGCCUUUACCAGCAAUAAAAUGAAAUACAUGUUUUAUUUAAUUUCACAAAGUGGACAGCAAUUUGUCGAACAUUUUUUAAAACAAAAGAAAGAGUUAAUUACUUUGGAAAUGAAAGAUACGUUCACCAGAUUUACUAACGACGUCAUUGCUAAUGUAGCUUUUGGAAUUGAAUGUGAUUCGUUAGGACAACCACAAAAUCAGUUUUUUUUGAUGGGCCAAGAAACGACUGAUUUCAAAGGAUUUUAUAAAAAUACAAUUUUGUUUGCUUAUUUGCUAAUUCCACGAGUUUGUAAACUUUUAAAAUUAUCAUUUUUCUCUAAAAAAGUAGGUAUUUUUUUUAACAAACUUAUUUCAAAAAAUAUUCAAAGUAGAGAAGAACACGGAAUAAUAAGACCAGAUAUGAUUAACCUACUAUUGGAAGCUAGAAAACAUGGAUCUAUUACUCAGAGGGAUCGUAAUACCAUUCCUGGUAUAGGUUUUGCCAUUGCUCAGGAAUUUGAUACUGGAAAAAAUUUAAAAGCUCAAAAAAUGGAAAUUACAAAUGAAGAUAUUACUUCACAAGCUUUAAUUUUCUUUUUUGGAGGUUUUGACUCUGUUUCUUCUUUAUUGUGUUUUAUGUCCUAUGAACUAGCGAUACAUCCAGACGUUCAAAAUAAACUAAGGCAAGAGAUAGACGAAACCCUGAAAAGUUGUAACGGUACACUUACUUAUGAAGUCUUAAUGGAUAUGAAAUACAUGGAUAUGGUUAUCUCAGAAACUUUGAGAAAAUGGCCGACUGCCGCAGCAGUAGAUCGUGUUUGUACUAAACCAUACACAAUUAAGCCAGAAAGACCUGAUGAAGAACCCAUUCAUUUCAAAGAAAAGGACAUCAUUAUAAUACCAAUAUAUGGGUUACACAGAGAUCCUAAGCAUUUUCCAGAUCCAGAUCGAUUUGAUCCAGAACGUUUUAACGAAAAAAAUAAGACAAAUAUUAAACCGUAUACAUAUCUACCUUUCGGAUCUGGUCCUAGAAACUGCAUCGGGUCGAAAUUUGCUCUUCUAGAAACAAAAACUUUAUGCUUCUACAUUCUUGCAAAUUUUGCAAUAGUACCUGUUGAAAAAACACAAAUUCCGUUACAACUUGCUAAGACUUUUGUUAUGUUGGCCAAAAAUGGAUUCUGGCUUGGUUUAAAACGAAGAUGUGGGUAACUUUUAUUUCUUUUUCACAUACGAGC